GGAGAACAACAAAAUAUCAGCUAAGCUUAUGCAAUCGCCACUAAUUAAUUCGAAGAGCGGGCAGAAGAAACCAAAAAGCCUUCCGAUCGCCGACCGCCGACUGUGGAAAGGAAAACCAGGGAAAUCCUACUUCACUCCAUUGCUCUCUCCGGAAAAUGGAUACCUUAGCUUUCUCUAAUCUUCAUCCACUUUUUAAUCCUCGCCGCUCCACCGCGGGUAGGAUUGCUCUCACUGUUAAAUGCUCCGUUACGCCGGCGUCCUUGAUGGACCAUUCUGUUAAGUUCAAGGAAGCUGCAAAGCAUGGGAAUUUGAUUCCACUGUACAGGUCAAUUUUUUCUGAUCACUUGACACCUGUGCUUGCAUACCGGUGCUUGGUGAAGGAAGAUGAGAGAGAUGCUCCCAGUUUUCUAUUUGAAUCCGUAGAGGCUGGUCUGAAAGCGUCCAGUGUUGGACGGUAUAGUGUUAUUGGAGCUCAGCCGACGAUGGAAAUUGUUGCAAAAGAUAACAUGGUUACUGUAGUUGAUCACCAUGAGGGGAAGAGGACACAGGACUUUGUGGAGGAUCCCAUGGUCGUUCCUCGCAGGAUUAUGGAGAAAUGGAUACCACAGCGAGUUGAUGAGCUUCCUGAAGCAUUUUGUGGUGGUUGGGUUGGUUAUUUUUCAUAUGAUACAGUGCGGUAUGUCGAAAAGAAAAAGCUUCCAUUUUCGAGUGCUCCUAAAGAUGAUAGAAACCUUCCUGAUGUUCAUCUGGGUCUUUAUGAUGAUGUAAUCGUCUUUGAUAAUGUGGAAAAGAAAGCCUAUGUGAUACAUUGGGUUAGAUUGGAUCGCUUUAAAACAGUUGAGGAGGCCUAUGAUGAUGGAAUGAACAGAUUAGAAUCUUUAGUCUCAAGAGUGCAUGACAUAGUACCUCCUAAGCUUUCUGCGGGGUCAGUAAAGCUAUUCACUAGCCUUUUUGGUCCAUCUUUAAACAAGUCUACAAUGACAAGUGAAGAAUACAAGAAAGCAGUAAUUCAGGCUAAGGAACACAUUCAAGCUGGUGAUAUCUUUCAGAUUGUUCUCAGCCAGCGGUUUGAACGUCGAACUUUCGCAGACCCUUUUGAGGUUUACCGAGCAUUAAGAAUUGUCAAUCCAAGUCCUUACAUGACUUAUUUACAAGCAAGAGGUUGUAUACUGGUCGCUUCAAGUCCUGAAAUUCUUACACGAGUUAAGAAGGGAAAGAUUACCAAUCGACCUCUGGCAGGAACUGUACGGAGAGGCAAGACACCGAAAGAAGAUUAUAUGUUGGAAAAUCAGCUAUUGCGUGAUGAAAAACAGUGUGCAGAGCACAUCAUGCUUGUUGAUUUGGGAAGGAAUGAUGUUGGAAAGGUAUCGAGACCUGGAUCUGUGAAGGUGGAGAAGCUAAUGAAUAUUGAACGCUAUUCCCAUGUCAUGCACAUCAGCUCCACUGUUACUGGCGAGCUCUCACCCAAUUUGACCAGUUGGGACGCUUUGCGUGCAGCGUUGCCUGUUGGAACUGUUAGCGGAGCUCCAAAGGUGAAAGCCAUGGAAUUGAUUGAUGAAUUAGAAGUAACACGACGUGGGCCGUACAGUGGUGGAUUUGGUGGCAUUUCCUUUACGGGGGACAUGGACAUUGCACUAGCUCUGAGAACAAUCGUAUUCCCAUCCAGCAUGCGGUACGACACGCUCUACUCGUACAACGGCAAUGAGAGGCGCCGGGAUUGGGUUGCUUAUCUCCAAGCUGGGGCUGGAAUAGUUGCGGAUAGCGAUCCUGAUGACGAGCAGAGAGAAUGUGAAAACAAGGCUGCUGCUCUUGCUCGUGCUAUCGAUCUUGCUGAGUCAUCGUUUGUUGAGAAGUAACCAACCUUACGCCUGGUUUGUCUUGUAGAUUUCCCCAUUUUGCUCAGCUCAGGUACUAAUAACUGGAACUAAGUUGAUGGAUGGUUUUAUGGGAAAUAAAAAACAACGGGAGUUGGCGUUGGCUGGGUGUGAUCGAUCGUUGCUGUGCUGUAGAUUGUUAUAAUGCUGCUGAGGAAGUAAGUGUGCUUUUCAUCUGUUUGAGUUUUGUUUAUGGUUAAGCUGACUCUAUCUGUUUUGUUUUUCCUUGGGUCAAGGAAUGGUACCGUUAACCUUAUCAUAUCAAUGAGAUGGAAAGGCUCAGUCUUCUUUUGGGCGUUUGUCCGAUUUGUUUUUUGUGUGUUUGUUUGGGGGUUUGGAUUUUGAGUUGGGAUUCGAAUAGUAAAAAUUUUGAAUUUAAAUA